AUGUUUAUUUUCUUUAUUUCUCUUGUGUCAUCCUGUGAAAUUAACGCGUACUCAAAAAACGGAAAUUGCACACUUUGUGAUGUCAAUUGUGCGGAUCAAUGUGUGAACGAAAUUGGGUGCACACUCUGCAAAGACUCAUAUAAAGUGUCAAAUGGAAAAUGUGUUGAGCGUUUGUUGUCGAUUCGGCUCACGACCUUCCAAAAUACGAGAUGUUCAUCUGUAGAGUGCCCGUAUUGUGAGAAAAGUUAUUGUAAUGGAACGGCAUGCUCGUCGUGUGUCGUUGGGUAUUAUGUAAAUAAAGGAAAGUGUUCAAAGUGUGACAUUCAUUGUAACCAAUGUUCACAGACGUUGGGAUGUAUGAGCUGCAUCCAUGGGUAUUCUGUUCUUAACAUGAAAUGUACAAAAAAUAAAUUGGACGAUGGAGACUAUGUUCUCAUUGCCGUUGGGUCUUUUUGUGUUGCUUUAUUGCUUGUUGGAAUUGCACAUAAACCCAUCGGAAUGCUUUUUAACUACAUAACAAAGAAGAAAGAUUCACUUCCCAUAUAG